AUGCCUAUUUUGGUGGUACCAAUAUACGGAAUCUACCUUGUUAUUAGCAGAAUUUCUAUUCCCAACGCAGUUUUGGGGCAUUCGGUCCCUUAUCUCCGUUAUAAGGCUCAGAUGCGAGCCAAGAGUUGGCUCAGAGCAGACAUGGCCAUUUCAAUGACUCUGGCUUGUGCGUCCUUUGGAUUUGGGUGUGUUCUUUUUUUUGGGUACUUCAAAGUAAGUGAUUUACUCAUAAUCUUUUUUUUACAAAAUUAUUUUAGACCCGUUCCGGAUCAUCGUAUUUUCUGAAGGCAGCCAUAACCAGUGUCCUCGUUUCCUUUCUCUAUCUAAUUGACGUUUUCUUGGCCACCCGUCAAUUAAGUUCAGCGUCCGUGCAGUUCAUAAAAGAGGUCUCAGUAAAUGUAAGUUAACUGUUCAGAGAAAUCUUUAAUUCCUUUUGAAGGCCUUUGCAACGCCUACUUCGAAGGAUCUUAAGGCGGCUAACAACCCCAGACAAGUCUAUUCCAACUCGUAUCAAGUGCAAGAAAACGUUGUUUACCAGCCGUAUCAACCUCAACCACACAAUCAAUCCCAAAAUAGUCAAAAUGGUCGAAAGGAAUGUCAGAUGGAGAAUGUAAAAAGAAAAGAGUCUUCUUGGUUUGAUGAGGAAAGAAAAGUCGAGACCAACGAGCCUGAUAAUAACUUCUGGAUAUAUCACAGUUACGAAAGACAUUUACAACCCGAGGAAAAUCAUUAUCGGAGAGUUCUGAAGGACUCAGAGAUUAGAAAUUCAUUGGCCGAAGCAAGGAAUCCACAAAGUAAUUAAACCUUUUAAGAAUAGUAAUCAAAUUUAAAUAAUAAUUUCAGACAUGACUUUCAUGGGUUCAGAUGAAGAUCUUCCUCCCCCGCCCGCUCCCCCUAAGGCAAUCCAUCCCCAAACUCUAUUUAAACAAACUCAGUUCCCUCGACGAGUGCCAGUUCCUCCACAACGGUCUACAGAAUCUUUUGAAUCGACCAGUCGGACCAUCCCUCGAAUAAAUCUUGCCCAUAUCAGUAGUCGUUCUUCAAGUCAUCAUGGCACGAUUAAUCCCCCGGCUUAUAAAGCGAGGAUGAUUGUUGUGGAAGACGAGGAGAUCACGUUCGACCGGUCGCAUUCGUCAGGCAAUAAGAAAGGUAACUUUUUUUGGGGCAAUCAUAUUAUUCUAGGAUCAUUGAGUGAUGGGUCGACAGUGAGGAUAGACGAUGUGGAUAAGAGGUCUUAUUAA